AUGCUCGAUCUCGUAAUAUUCUUGAGGGCUUCCUUCUUGCUGGCAGCCGUAGCUGCUCUUCUUGCACAUUGCAUUCCUUCUCUUCGCACUCGCUUUUUAGCAUAUGGUUCUCGUCAAAAUGGCCAACAGCCCAAGAAACUCACCGCCAACCCACUAGACGCACUUGCCACCUUCCAAGUGCCUCAUAGUUGGUUUGGUUCAUUCUACCUUGUGUCCACACUGUGUUCCUUCAUAUGGCUCUCUCAGAUCCUUCUUGAUCAAUCGCUCUGGCGCCGUCUGGCAUCCUUGACCGACAUCAAAAAGUCCAUGACUUUGGAUCAAAUCAUCGUCACAUGGGUACUGAUGCUCCUUCAAGGUGUUCGUCGUUUGUAUGAAUGUUUGGAAUUUACUAAGCCUUCCAAUGCUCGCAUGUGGAUCGGCCACUGGGCUUUGGGGGUGUGGUUUUAUGCUAGCAUGAGCGUAGCCGUCUGGAUCGAAGGAGCUCCAACUCUUGUUGAGAAAUCUUUCGACUUCUCACACUUGACCAUCGAGCCUCCAUCGCUCCGCACAUUUGUGGGUUGCUUGAUUUUCAUCCUUGCUUCUGGAAUCCAGCAUGACUGUCAUGCAUAUAUGGCAUCCUUGAAGAAGUACAGCGUGCCGGAGCAUCCCGUAUUCCAACGUCUGGUCUGCCCUCACUAUUUUGUCGAGUGCUUGAUCUACUUUGCCAUCUCGAUUGUUGCAGCGCCAGCUGGUGCCUUGCUCAAUUGGACUGUCGUUUGUGCUCUCGCUUUUGUGGCGGUGAAUCUUGGCGUGACGGCGGACGGGACCAGAGAGUGGUAUGUACAGAAAUUUGGGCCCGACAGCAUGAGCGGGAAGUGGAAGAUGGUCCCCUUUGUCUUUUGA